AUAUUUUAUUCUUAUUAUUAUUGUAUUCAAAACAGUUGCCUUCCGUGACAAUAAGAUAUUUAGAGGAAUACAUGUACAAUAUAUUUUCUAAUAAUAAAUGUAUAAAAAUAUGUUGAAUGUAUCAAAGUAUGCAAUGAGUUGCCUAAUUAUUAAGCUCAUCUCAGUUAUAAAAAAUUUUGUAUUAUAGGUGAAUUUUUUUUUACUGGGCGCCGGGUCUAGUUUUUACAAUAACUUCUUAGAAGUAAUCUGUUCAAACAUAAUAUGUAUUUGCUGUAUGGGGCCUAUGAUUUGAUAAUUAUCAUUAGUGUCCACAACAGAUCGUCCCAUAAAGAUAUUUCUUUAUAGAUUAUGAAAUUUUUCAAUCGUAGUAAUAUAUCUUAAAGUAUUCAACAACCUGAACACUAAGAAAGCAAGCAACAAGUUUUUUCACUUACCGAUAUUCAUUAAAUAUUUUGUUCAAAUUAUAUUGUAAGAACGUAAUCAUUGAAAAUAUUAUUUAGUUGUUGGUUGAGUAUGCCUUAUAUUCAUAAACGGCUCCAUGGAUGUUUACAAAGGUAUUCGCAGUAUUGCAUUGCGACGGGGCUUGGAUGCAAUGUCCAUAUACUAUAAGGAAAGAUAUGCUGCUAGUCGUCGCAAAAAAUUGAAGUUAUUUGAACCACCUAUACCAGGUCUUACUUUUGUAUUCCACGGACUAAUUCAAAUCGAUUGCGAACACUUUGCUAUCGAUUUUCUCACUAGGCAGACAAUCACAAACUCCGAAAACUAUGAUAUCAUUCUGCAGAUUGCACCACGUCUUCCGCAAAAUUAUAUAGUCCGCAAUUCGCGUCUAAUGGGCAAGUGGGGUCCCGAAGAAAAUUCAUCCAAUUUACAUUUUCCUUUAAAACGUGGCAAAUAUUUCUGGAUACAAGUGCUACUGACUGAAGAAUCCUUUUAUAUUUCAGUAAAUGGCUUCCAUUUCACAAAAUAUAAUUAUCGUAUGCCAUACAAAUGGUUAAAGGCUAUAGAAGUAAGUGGUGAUGUAACUGAUGUGAUUAUCGAAAGUUUCUAUGUGAAAGAGUAUCCUGUCCGUCUGGUGCGUUCCUUCAAUAUAGAUCUGUCUUAUACCUCAACUUGGUCGAAGGAUUUUCAUACAAUUCCUGCGGAGUGGUUACGUAUUGAUAUACCAUCCAAAUUUUUAAAACAUGUGAGUUCGCCACAAGUCCAAUUAACUUUACCAUUCUAUGGCCGAAUCCCAGAAGAAGAAAAGUUGACUGAUGGUCGUGCGUUACGCAUUGAAGGUCGCGUACGUCUUAUGCCACAAAGUUUCAGCGUGGCCUUGCAGCGAGGAUUUUGCAUCUGGCCGCAGCCAACUGUCUCACUAUUAUUUAGGCCAAGUUUUGUGAGAAAUAGUCAUGUUAAGGUGGGUAAAGCUAUUAUUACCAGAAGUGCUUUUAUCAAUGGUGCCUGGGUGAAUCGUGAAGUAUCACGCCUGCAUACUCAUUUGCGUCCAGGAAAAGCAUUUGUUAUAGUAAUUGCUUGUAGGAAACAGUGUUACGAAUUAUUUGUGAACAGCAAAUUAUUAUUGGCUUUUAAGCACCAAAUGAAUCCCGCUGACGUUGAUAUUGUUAAUAUUCGAGGCGAUGUUAAGCUGUGGAAUAUUGUUGUCGAGAGUGCAAAAGUUCCCCAGAGAAAAUCUGGUCGAUCGAUAAUGGGUCAUAUUAGUCGUAUUCGAUUAAACGAUAAUGAAUAAAACUUGAUAAAAAUACAUAUAAUUUUAAUAAUAUAAAUUUUAUUAUAUGCAUUUAGAUGUCAUAUAUUACUUGCAAGCACUAUUCUGUCAUUUUGGGCUUUAAAAUCGAAUUGUAAACAAAAACUUUUCAAAUAUCUAUUUAUUUUAUUACGGUCCAUAAUUAAAAUAUCAGAUAGGGCAGGGGAAUUCCAAAAGGUCUACUGCUCAUAAACGUUAGCUCGCUGUCAAGUCGAGUGCAUCCCAUAAUAGGAACGCAGGUGGACUGAAAGGGUCCUCUACGAUUGAUUAUUAAAAAUGAUAAUCGAUUAAAGUUGCCUCCUGCUAGCUUGCAAUGCUGUCUGUUGGCCUGCUGUGCUGAGCUGACGUUUAUGUCUAGAUGUGUUGAGCACGACAGUUGACAUUGUUUUGCCAUGUUAAACAAAAAGCAGGAUAUAAAUGGGCAUAGCCGAAAACGUCAAGAAAUCAUAAAAUAUUUCCCAAGGUUGCGAAAGGAAGAUUCUUGUAGCAGAGCCAGGAGAAAAUAUAUAUUAUUUAUGGUUCAAGUUCGCACGUGAUCCGCAUUCUCUUUUUUAUAAUGGCGAUCAUUAAGUGUAUAUUAUUUAAUAAAACUAAAAGUAGUGUGAGCUCAUUUCCUCUUUAGUUAUGUAUUAGAUUUAAGACGUAAGGUUUUAAAGGUUCAAAUAAUGAGCUGCACAAUUAACACAUACUCACAGCUCAAAUCAAUUUUCUUAUAAAAAACUGGCUCUUGUAGAUUUUAAACCUCAAUGAUCAAGAGAGAGGGAGAGCUUAUUUUCCGUAACUUAUUAAACCUGCAAUUAAUUAUGCGCUCUGUGUAGCACCAAAAACAACUUGUUUUGACUUCCAAGACAUUAAUUAUUAAUUAUAUAUUUUUUAAUGUCUUUACUUGAAAACUUUCAUGACAGAAAUAAUAAAGUCGUCACCGCCUUGAUGAUCCAUUUUUAAAUUUUGCCAAUAGCUUGACCAUUUUUGCACUUCAUCGUUAUUGAUAAUGAUAUUAGGUAGGCUGCGUGUUUUAUAUUAAUAUCUUGUUUAAAGCAUCACUUGUUCUUAAUGAUUAUAGUAAAGCCGAUAUUUUUAGAAUAAAUCGUAUUUCUAUGUCACUAACAUUGGCUCUAAACAAUUAGCAAAAUAAUGUUUACUUCACUGAAGUGUCAUUACAUGGUUACAUGGUCAUUGGCCUUCCAUUACAUAGCCGCCUAUGUUACCAUUAUGGCGGUGUCAAGUAGCUUAUCAAUAUUCCGUCUGUGUAGUGUAGCCUCACAGUGCACAGCCCAAUCAAUUCCUCUGCAGUGCCGCAGUAACAGCCACAUUCUAAAUUAAACCUCAGUUGAGGUUUUGCUCUUUUCAAUGCUACAGAGACUGCUUCAGUCAACUGUUUGAAAUGGUCAUCGGAAUGUAACUUGUUUCGUAUAUCGUGCACUACUCGUAAUAACCCAUUCCUUAAUAAUAGCCGCUUGCCGACGAAUUAAACAUUGCCAAAAAAAAAAUAAAAUCAACAAAAAUGUAUCCA